CCCCGGGGAGGAGGGGGAGGCGGCGGCGGCGGCGAUGGAAGGAGCGGCGGCGGCGGCGGCCGGAGGGAGCGCUGUGUCCCGGCCAGGCCUCGCCUUUGAGUUGAAGAUCCCUUUCCCAUCAUCAUCAUUGGCCCAGAUUGCGCUGGGCUCCCUGGCCCCUGACCCUGAGCCCCGCAAAGAAGGGAUCAGCAAGGAACUGGAUGUGACGGAGGACAUAUUGCAUGUGUUCCUUUUAAACAGCAAGCAAAACUUCCCCACCUCGGUCACCACCUUUGCAUUCUGGUGAAAGCUUCACCUGUUGGAUUUCUGUUUGGCAUUUGUCGUAAAUUACACUUGUAGCUUGCAGCUCCCUCUUGAAGGCACACCUGCUGAAACCUGGGUUUGUGCUUGUGUAAAAAGACCCAAGAGCGCUUCUUGCCAGCCAUUGCUGUUCCUGAACCAGGAUAGUCUUGCCCAGUUAUCCAUGCUCUGGUAACCUCCAGAGUGGGAUUACUGCCAUGCGCUGUAAGUGGGGCGGUCCUUGAAGACCGUUUCAGAAAUAACUAGUGCAGAAAAAUGUACUUAGCUUUGUAGUUUGCUUUCAGGGCUGGUACACACACAAAUAUUCAUCACCAGAUCACUGCAAUGCCCAGCAAUAAGUUUCACCUGUGAAUGGACACCACAGACUGGACUUUUAUCAUGCUUCCAAUGGCUUUCAGCGUCUGGAGGGUCACAGCUUCCCGGCUCCUGCAUUAAGAAGCAACCAUGCACAUGUUGUGUGACUAGGCCUGCCAAGAAGAGGAAACAAAAAUAAUUGGUUACUUGUCUCUCCAUUUGUAAAGCCCCAUCCUGGUAGGGGAAAAAUAGUGCAAAAACAUUUGUGUCCCAUUUUGGCAAAACAAACAAACAAACAAAUAAAUAAAUCCUGAAAUCAACAUAAUUGGUUAUAAACUAAA